AAAAUCGACGAAGACCAAUCUCUUCUUUCCUCUCUCUCUGAGACGCUAAAAGGCUGCGUCCCAGCAACGACGCAGAGCACCAGAUUGUGUCAUCCAUGGCUAGCGACGGUUCGAACAACUCCGCGACGGCUUCUCCCGCUGCCGCGUCGACCAACGCUUCCUCUUCCAACAACGCCACAUCAUCUCCAAGUAAUGGCGCAAAGCCCGGCAAUGGCGCGACACCCAACGGCGCUGCUGCUGGAGACGUCAGAGGACAGUCGGCUGUGAGCGUGGCAAAGGGACCAGUGAGCGCAGCAAAAGGUGCCCACUCGAUCAAUUUCGGCUCCGUUCACGAUCAGAAUGCAAUGCUCUCGUCCUCACCUGCCGCACAGCCCAGCUCCGGGCAUCAGCCCGCCAAAUUUGGGAGCCUGACUGCCGCUUCGGGCGAGGGAGGCAAAAAGGUCGUGGGAUUUCCUGGAAAAGGUGGUGAUGCCUCCGAAGGUGGUGGCAGUCACAGCUUGAAGCGGUCCAUGGAUUUCAACAAGCUUUUUCAGGGUGGCGGAAGCAAUUCUCCAUCCGCGACACCUUCCUCAACCUCGGCCACGGCCGCCCCUGCCGCCGCCACUGCAACGACGGCAAACGGAAGCAAUGCGGCAAAUACCUCCGUCGACGCUUCGUCAGCGGGCAGAAAUCCUCCGUCGAAUCUGAGACCGCCAAGUGGUCAAAAUCGGCCCUUUGAGCAGGCGCAAAGAUCUCCCUCUUCCUCCCAUCAUCAGAACGCGAGUGCGAGAAAUCCCUCCAACCCUGCCAGUGGGCCCACCGCUUCCAGUCCAUACCACCACGGAGGGGCUCAACAGCCUCGAUCACCCCCGCUUGCUCAGUCAGGCACGAUGCAACCAUAUCCGUCGAUGGGCGGUGCCCCUCCGCAAUGGCAGCAACAUCAGCAUCCACAGCCUAUGCCAUACUUUCAGCCUGGCUACCCCGGCUAUGGCUACCCUCCAGGGACCCAUCACCCGCAGCAGAUGCACCAGCAGUGGCACGCUCAAGCCGGCUACGACAUGACUGGGCAGAUGCAACCGAGGUCGCCACGGCACAUGGCCGCUUCGCCGAUGGGAGCACCAAACCAAAACGGCAUGGGCCACAACACGCCAUCAAUGUCAUCUGCCACGCCUGGGCUCUCUUCGCCAGCAUCGCAACGGUCUCAGCCUGCGAUGCCUCACACGCCUUCGUCGCAGGCCGGCUCCGUGCCCUCGCCGCAGAACGCGGCGGCUUAUAGCAUGGGCAUGGGUCGGCCUUCUGGCUUUGCCGGCCAGGGCAGCCACUUUGCCACCCACUCGCCUUCGCACUCUUUCAGCAGUGCGAGCGGUGGCCCGCAGAUGAGCCCUACGGCACGCAACUUUGAGUUCGGCAAGCGGACCAGCAGUGCCAUUCGCAUCGUCAACCCAGAGACCAAGGCCACCGUUGAUCCUCGCGCUGCGGGCGAGCAUUCGGCCACCCCACCGCCUCCUGCGGCGUCCUCUGGUCAGUCUACAGCCGGCACCCCAACGGCGGCGUCGUCGACUGGUGCGCAGGGUACACCCACCCCUGCUCAUCCCAGCCCGGCAGCAUCACCGGCACCAGUUGCCAAGCAGGCGGCUGCAUCGCCUGCCAAGCGGCCGGACUCUUCCGCCAAGCUAGAGACCCCAGACUCAUUUAUGGCCCGCGUCAAGGCGGCGGCUGCCGAAAACAAGCGCAAGAAGGAGGCGGCCGAGGAGGAAGAGAGAGCGGCAGCCACCAAGAAGGUUGAGGAUGCGAAGAAGGCAGCCGAACAGGAGGAAGAGGCGCGCAAGCAGAAGGCGCAAGCGGAGGAGGAAGCGGCUAAGAAGAAACAGGAGGAAGAGGAAAAGGCCCAGAGGGAGAAGGAAGAGGACGAGCGCAAGGCAAAAGAGGCUGAGGAGAAGGCAGCAAAGGAGAAGGCAGAGAGCGAGGCCCAGGCAAAGGCGAAGGCGGAAGCCGAAGAGGCAGAGGCCGCGCGACGGAAACAGGAGGAGGCCGACGCUGAGGCUCGCAAGGCAAACGAGGAGGCCGUGAAGAAAGAGAAGGCUGAUGCCGCUGCCUCUGCUGCUUCUUCUGCCGCCUCGGCAGCCGAGCCAAGCAGCGACAAGGACAAGAAGCGACCGCCCGCUCCUAUUGAUACUAGCAAGGCUUCGUCCUCAUCGGAUGAAGAUGCCGGAGCCAAGGCUGUCCCAUCUGUGUCAACCCCCAGCACCUUCCGGAACUCGGCAGCGGACGUCGAGCGCAUGGCCCGUGAGGCUUCGUCAGUUCCCUCGACCCCUCUUGACGCUGGUUCGGCUCGAUUGCCUCCUGUGCCCAGUACCCCACGGACUCCGGGCACACCGGGCUUUGCCAACUUGCCUGCUAAGCCCAUGAGCUCUCUUACUCCCAGCGCCAGUGCUCCUUCUGGCGUUACCUCUGCAGCCGCCGCUGCUGCUGGUGCCAACAACGGCAUCAAACUCGACAGCGAGGCCCUCGAGCGGAGAAAGCGCUCCACUCCCUCGCAGCUCGACGUGACCGCCGCAAACACUCGGCCCACGAGCGACGCUCCCCUCUCGGCACAAUCGACUGCUUUGGGGUCUGCGCGCUUCAUCGACGAUCUCAAGCAAGUGCAAUAUCCCGACAAGAUCCAGUCGCCCAAGCCGGAGCUCAACGAGUCAGCAGAGCCUGGCAAGUUCCGAUACGACCGAGACUUCCUCUUGCAGUUCAUGGGCGUCUACAAGGACAAGCCGAUGGACCUGCCCUCGCUUUCUUCCAUUGGUAUGGACAGCAGCCAGGCCGCUGGUGCACGGGGGAUGCCCGGCCGGAGAGCUUCUGGCAUGGGCCCUCCGUCUGCGCCGGGACGACCUGGUGCUGGCGGCAUCGGCCUGGGCCUUGGUGCUGGAGGUGCCUUUGGCGGUGCCAAGGGCAUGGGUGCCGGAGGUAUGGGCUCAUUCAGCCACCCGCCCAAGACGAGCGAAGAGCGCUUUGCGGCCUCCAAUGCUCGGGGCGGCGGUGCCUUCGGCAGCAGUGGUCCUAUGGGCUCCUUCAAUGCUGGAGCAAGGUCUCAGCCGCUGUCGCGGACGGGAAGUGGAAGCAACGCGCUUCCCUCGCGGGACAUUAUGGGCUCGAGUAUGCCGGCCGGUGGGCGGACAAAGAGUAACCGGGGCAGGCAACGUGAGGCCAACUCACGAGGGCCGCACGUCAACCCUCCUGAAAAGGGCGGUCCAACAAUCCCCAUGGACCAGGUGGCGCCGCUGGCGAUGAGCGAGAACCGAUGGCAGGGCUCGCGUGGCCAGAAUCUCAAGUCUGACUCGCCUGAGAUGGUCAACCGGAAGGUCAAGUCGCUCCUCAACAAGCUCACCGUCGAGAAGUUCGACAGCAUUUCGGACCAGAUCAUCGAGUGGGCCAACAAGUCGGUCAACGAGAGCGACGGCCAGACACUUCGACAAGUCAUUGCCCUCAUCUUCGAAAAGGCUACCGAUGAGGCCCAGUGGUCGGAGAUGUAUGCCCGCCUCUGUCGCAAAAUCAUGGAGAAGCUCGACCCCAACAUUCAGGAUGAGAAUAUCAAGACAAGCGACGACAAGCCCGUCACGGGUGGUCAGCUUUUCCGCAAGUAUCUCAUCAACAGAUGUCAGGAAGAUUACGAGCGGGGCUGGGCGCAGAAGGAUGCAGCCGCUGCAGCAGCCAAGUCCAAGGAGGCAGAGGACCGCGCCAAGCUGGAGCUCAACGAGAAACAGACUGCCGACGCCAAGGAAGCCGAGGCUCGUGGAGAGAAGCCUGCCGACAAGGAGGCAGAGCUCAUGUCCGACGAGUACUACGAGGCGCAGAAGGCCAAGCGGAGAGGACUGGGUCUUGUCCGAUUCAUUGGCGAGCUUUUCAAGCUGCUCAUGAUUACGGAGAAGAUCAUGCACAUUUGCAUUCAGCGGCUGCUGGCCAAUGCGCAGGACCCCGAGGAGGAAGAAAUCGAGAGCUUGUGCAAGUUGCUCUCGACGAUUGGCAAGCAGCUCGACACGGGCAAGAACCAGAGUUACGUCGACAUCUACUUCCAGCGAAUGAAGGAGAUGAACAUCGAGGCCAUGAACUCGAGAAUGCGUUUCAUGCUUCAAGAUGUUAUCGAGCUUCGGCAGCAGAAGUGGAAGCCAAGACACGACAACGCUGCGCCCAAGACGAUCGCCCAAAUCCACGAGGACGCCGCCAAGGCAAAGGCCGAGGCCGAAGCCGAGCAAUACGCGAGGCAGUCUGGCCGCGGUAUGGGCGGGCCUGUCUCUCGGGGCGGAUCGCGUCGUGGCCAGCAGCGCGGCGACUACGGUGGCGCUGUCGGUGUCGAUGGAUGGAGCACCGUCGGAGGCAACCAACCGCCACCGCCACCACGUCAGGCCAAGGCCGGAGAUCUGUCCGGCUUUGGAAAAGGUAUUGACCGCUCUUCGACUGCCGGCAAGCCAUUUGCCGUGGGUCCCCAGAGCGUCUUUGCCAAGAAGAACCAGCGAGGCUCUGAGGACGGGAGCAACCCGCCGUCGAGGACGAACUCGACCACGAACAUGUUCUCGCUUCUCAACCAGCAGAGCGGAAAUGAGGGUGGUGAUGGCGCCGCUGGUCAGGCAGCUGACGACGGUGCAAGUGCCCGACCGAAGCUCAACUUGGCGCCGCGGACAAAGCCUCUGCCCGAGUCAUCUGCAGCAGACGACAAGAAGGCAGAAGGGGAGGAGGAUGCGAAGCUCGAAUCAGGUGCAGAGGCUGAUGAAGCCGACAUCUCCGAUGAAGAGGCCAAGCGUAAGAUCACAAACGACGUCAAGGAGUUCCUCGAGAUCAAGGACAUCUCCGAGGGUCGCAUGGCCCUCGAGUCGUUGCCUUCGAAGCGGAGACACGAAUUCCUGUCGAGCAUCGCAGAUGUCGCAUUGAACAAACACGAGGACGAGGUGCGGCUGGUCGGCGAGCUGCUUGCGUCGAGCCGCAAAGAGGGUCUGUUGGUCGACGAGAUGGUCGAGCAAGGGUUCAAGGAUCAAGUCGAAUUCCUCGACGACGUCUCGAUUGACGUGCCAAAUGCGUACAGCUACAUGGCUAUUCUCCUCGUUCAAUCAGGCUUGCCGAGAGAAAAGAUCGACACAUUGGCCAAGACGAUCCAAGGCGAGGGCCUCAAGCCGCCCAGCGAAAGGCUGAUGCAAAAGGUCGACGAAGAGUUGGCCCAGUGAUUCUCGUCACACACACAAAAAUGGGUGAAAGACCGCAGCUCGCCCGCUUCCCCUCUUUCUUGACAAUAC